CAACUAUGGCACCUAACAGCGCCUGUUUUCUCUGCUCCAGGGGUCCUGGCAGGAGCAGCACGGCUUCUCCCCGCCUCGCUGCUUGUGCAGUUUGCUUUCCUGCUCUUCACGUCCCGAGCGCCUGUGUGAGGGGUGCCCGCUGAAGGCGGCGGCGGGGCUUGGGGCUGGCGCGGGCCAGAGCGUCGGCGAUAAGAGCACAAUGCAGCCCACAGUUCGGCGCUCCGGCCUCUGAGUGGAUGAGCCACCAUUGGCAUUGUGCCUCGUGCGUGUGACUCAGAUGGAUUCUGCUUGUCUGAAAGAUUCCUGCAAGUCCUCAGAGUUGUCCAACCUGCCUGGCUCAGUGCUGGAAGCCAUGAGAAACACUCUGAAAGGACUGCAUAAGAAUUAUUCAGGAAAUAAAGUGAACUGGAUGAGACCCACCAUCAAGAAGCCCAAGGCACAGAAGGACCAUUGGGAGGCUGCUAGAUCCAUGGAGGGAAAUAUUGAAAUCUUAAACCUGAAUAUGAAGCCUGGGAACACCCUGAAGGUGAAGGGCAAAAUAUCUGCUGAUACUGUUGGCUUCAGCAUCAAUCUUGGCUGCAGCUCAAGAGAUCUGGCAUUUCACUUCAAUCCCCGCUUCAAUGAGUCUGUCAUCGUCUGUAACUCCAAGUGCUCCGAUUCCUGGCAGACGGAACAUCGUGACCGCCACCUCCCUUUCUUCAGGGGUUGCACUGUCAAGUUCUUCAUUGAAAUGCUGUCAGACAAAUUCCGUGUGAAACUGCCGGAUGGUCAUGAAGUGUGCUUCCCCAACCGGCACGGCUACCGCAAUAUCAACUACAUAAGCAUCAUGGGAGGCUUAAAGAUCAUCUCCUUCAAGCUGAGCUGAUGGGCACUGCUUCCUAGCUCUAAUAAAAACCCA